AUUUCUAGGGUUUCCAUUUUCUUCGAUUCUCAUCUUCAUGCUCAUCUCUGAUUAGCUCUCAUUUAUGGAGAAAAAGAUUUGGUCCACCGUAGCUGGAAUGAUGGUUGGUUGUUCUCGAUCUUGAUUUGAAUUUUGGUUUUGACCGUACUCAUACCGCCAUACAUAUUCAUCUUUCAAUACAAACCCUUGGUUUUUCUUCGGAAAUGGAUUCGGAAAAUGAAGUUUCAGCUUUUGAUUCUGUGGAAGAUAAUGAAGCUGUAGCUCCUGAUAAAUUGGUUAAUGUCAACGAAACCAUUAAGGUCGAAAGUAAUGGCUCCUGUGCUGUUGUUGAUGAUUUAUUAUUGGAAAAUGCAAAAGGGAAGGGAAUUGAAGUCUUGGACUCCAUGGAUUCACCUCCGAUGUCGACCAAAUCUGCGCCUCUUCUAGGGACAACCAUGAAAGGCUAUGGAUUGAAGAAAUGGAGGCGGAUUAGGAGGGAAGUCAAUAGGCAUGGGGGUAGUGAUGUUGAUAUUAGUAAGAUAUUGAAGCGGGGUUUGUCUAAUUCGGCUGUGAAACCAAUCAAAACUAUGCAUUUUUCUGCUGAGGUGAAGCAAAAGAGUGAGGGCUCUGUUUCAUCCACAAAUGCAAUGGUGAGAAGUCCUGGUGCGGUGGUUGAUGGUUUCGUCAUGCUUGGCGAUCCUGGGAAGGCUGUUGGACCGACUUUCACUGCCAGGUCAGAUUCCGAGAACAGUGAGGAUCGGAGCAGCAAGUCUUCCACGGCAGGCAGUGCUCCAAAGAUGAGGUAUGAGAAACCUGCUGUGGGGGGACAUGCUAGGAACAGGUUAAGGAGUCUGAGUGGGAAGAAUUUGGGCAAUUCGGUUCAGCGGAGUCAGCAGGGAAAGGUUCAGGUUGAAACCAGUAAGAAGCCUAGAGGAGAAUCAGUCAAAAUCGAGAAGGAAAACUCUCAUUCCAGCAUGGAAUCUGACUCACGAAGCUCCAACUUUGUCUUUUUGCAGGGAUCUAAUUUGGUGACCAGUAAUGGAAGACAAAGUGGAAUGUCAAUGAACUAUGAUGGAGAAAAUAGUGAUGAAGCUCAGGGCUGUGAAGAUCAGUUUAGUGAGGAACUUCAAACUGCUUAUGGACGAAAAGAUGUGGGGGAAUUUGAGAAUGCCUCACAAGAUGAUUUAGGUGCUGAUUCGUCUUGGGAGGCUAAGGAAGGAAAGAGUGAGAACCUUGGGUCCUCAUCAGAUCAGGAUCCUCUGGUUGAGUCUAUCCUUUCACUCCAGUCUGUGCAGGAAGCGCUUGAAAGAGGUAGGUGUGCUUGCCGUCAUUGCCAAUUUCUCCAAUUAUUAUCGUAA